AUGGUGACAAUGCAGCGAGAGAAUGCGAAGAGUUUGAUGUUGUUCUACAUCGAAUACGUCCGAGCCAAAUGUCUAUUUCUGGCGGCUGGUGGUGAGGCGGACACGCUGGACUUUAAUGAAUAG